AUGGGCACCGCCUUCAGCAGCAUUCCUGACGACAAUGAGUCGGCUCGAUCGCCUUACUUUGCCCCCUCGGCUAGUGAUUGCUCAACGGUCUCGGAGAAAGACUCGCCAUACAUAGUCGACUGGAAGAAGCCGCAGGAUCCCGAAAACUCGAUGCAUUGGGCAAUGAGGUCAAGAUUGGUGCAGAUCCUGCUUGUGAGUAUUUUCAUGUCAAAUGCGGCAGUUGCCUCGCCCGCCCUCGCUCCCGGCGUACCGGGCAUUCUUAGGCAGUUCAGCGCCCCGGAGGGAGUUCUGACUUCUCUCGUUAUGUCUAUCUUUAACGUAUGGAUUCUAAGAUAUCCAGCAUAUCCCAUCUCAAAUCGACUUCAUAAUAGCAACCCAGCCUAUGCUGUCUCGCACAGCUUUGGCGUCUUUCUUGUCUUUCGCUUCCUCCGCGGAUGUGCCGGUGCCUCCCCACUUUCUAUCGGAGGCGGCACGAUCAUUUGGCGUAGCCAUUGA